AAGCAGGCUCCCAGCAAGGCAGGGACCUCCCAGACAGAGCUGGCGAGGAAAAUGAAGCUCCCGAUUUUCAUAGCGGAUGCAUUCACGGCAACAGCUUUCCGGGGCAAUCCUGCUGCCGUCUGCCUCGUGGAAAAUACACUGGCCGAAGACGCCCAUCAACGCAUCGCAGGGGAAAUGAACCUCUCCGAAACGGCUUUCAUCAGGAAACUGCAACCAAGCGGCAACUUCACACAGAGUGCCCGCUUUGGACUCAGGUGGUUUACACCAGUGAGUGAGGUUCCUCUGUGUGGCCACGCCACCCUGGCCUCUGCGGCUGUGCUGUUUCACAAAUUAAAGAACACAAACAACACCCUAACCUUUGUCACUAUGAGUGGGGAACUAAAGGCCAGAAGAGCAGAGGACGGGAUUGUCUUGGACUUUCCUCUCUACCCAACCCUCCCCCAGGACUUCCAUGAAGUAGAAGACUUGAUAAAGACAGCCAUAGGUGAUACCCUGGUGCAGGAUAUCCAGUACUCUCCAGAUACCCGAAAACUUCUGGUCCGGCUCAGCGAUUCUUACAACAGGUCCUUUCUAGAGACCCUGAAGGUGAACACAGAGCCUCUGCCUCGAAUUGAACAGACAGGGAAGGUGAAGGGACUCAUUCUCACUCUCAAAGGAGAGCCUGGGGGGCGGACACCCCAAUAUGACUUCUACUCCCGAUACUUUGCGCCAUGGGUUGGUUUGCCUGAAGACCCGGUAACAGGAUCCGCGCACACCGUUCUCAGUAGUUACUGGUCCCAGCAGCUUAGGAAGAAAGAGAUGCGAGCCUUCCAGUGUUCCCGCCGAGGAGGGGAACUGGACAUUGCCCUGCGACCUGAUGGCCGAGUUGACCUGAAGGGUGGCGCUGCUAUUGUCUUAGAGGGCACGCUCACAGUCUAGAGACACCUGUGCUGGGCUGUGGCCGCGGCUGAACACGGUGUUUUCUCUACACCCAAAAAGCAAACAAACAACAACAAACGCCCAGAGCUUGCUGAAGCGAGCUCACAGACCAGCGCCCUCAACCCUCUUGUGAAGAACAGAAAGGA